AUGCAGAAUCGCAUGGCACAGCGCGCAUAUCGACAGCGUAAGGAGUCUGCUAUUGAUAUCCUGAAGCAGAAGGUCGAAGAGCUAGAGAGGUCCAAAGAGGAUAUGGGAAGGGAGUUUAUCAACUUCACUUCUGUCAUUCUUGAGCAAGAUACUGUCAAGAAUAACCCACAGAUCAUUGAGCAUAUCAAACAGUCGACCAUAAGCUUGCUGUCCAGUGCUCGAGAGGUAGAUGAGAAUGCUCUUCUCGACGAGCUUCCAGCCGACGUCUCACCUGAUCUGACGCCGCCAAUCCCGCAAGCCCAGGACUUCGACUUUCCCAUGAUGGAUGGCACCGGCCAGAUGGACUACACCACCAACCGAAUCGAUCCCAUGCUCUCCCAGCCAAGAUCAAACUCCGACCCCAACUCUGAUUCGACACCUUAUUCCUUUGAUGCAACCUCCUACUUCCAACUCCCCACCACCCAAACACACUUCUACGACAUGACCUACCAACUCCCUGGAUCGACAUGGGACUCUACCCUCCCCAACCCUCGGUCCUACGCAAACCAAGAGCUAAACUUCGGCCGCCGGUACCACAGAGCCUCUCAGGAAGCGGCGUUUCUUCUAGCGUCUAUGAGGCAUGCGCCUCCUGCAUGGUAUCGCAAGGUCUUUGGCUUCUGCAUGCAUUUUGAGACGAGGGAGGAGAUCAGUAGUCGAUUGGGUGAGGCUCUUCGGAAGUCAAAGGAGACUACGCUUAAUAAUUGGAGGUUUCCGUUCACUAAUGUCGGCGGUGCUGGGACAUUCUUUCCUGAUCAUGGUUACGGUAAUUGUGAUCUACCUGUUGGGAACAGGUCUUUGGAGCAUGAGGCUUACAGACCAUCCGAGAUGUCAGGCUUCUCCAUGGGACCCUUUGGUCCGUCCAUCGAACAGAUCAGAGAUCUACGAUUGAACCCACAGUUACGCAUCAUCGAUCCCGAAUAUGACGGAGAUUUCUUCGAUUCAGACGAAAUAGAGAUUUGUCUCCGCGGCUACGGCGUUACUAUUCCAUCAGGUAAAGACUUCAUCACAGCCUAUAUCGACAUGAGCAUGUUUGAGCGAACAUCGGAUUCCGAGACAAGUUCUGGGCCUACUACACCUCCUGACAUGCCAGGUAACGGGAACUUCGUGGAGGAAGAUCUAGAAAGUGACGAGCCUCCUUCAUUUUCAUGCCCCGCUGGUUUGAUGGGUAUGGCGAUGGGUGCCAUGCCGCCACCACCGAAGGGCAAAGGACCCGGGGAGCAAUGGAAGACGCCUAGUAGACGGGAGACAAAGGUCAAGAUUGAUGUUGAGAGACUUAUUAUGUGCCUUGUCAACUCAACUGUUUGUCUCGGGAGAACGCCCGCCGUUCGUCCUAUGGACAUUCGUAAGUCGUUGAAGAUGUCCAUCAUCCAGGAAGACUAG